AUGGACAACUCGACGACAACAAAACACACCAUUGACACAGAGACAACGGAUCCUCAACAGAUAGCUGGCCAAAAACGUGGCUCCAGCGCACUCACAACAGUCAAUUCCUCAGGCCAUUGGACUAAAUCUGAAGGAGAGGGUCAAAAAACCGGCAAGGAGAACAGAGGAGAAGGGGAAGGAGAAGAAAGUGAAGCUAAACGCCCAAAGCUUGGAGAUAACAACACGACAACUUCACUUGAGCCACAAGCCAACAACACAAAAAUGGAAGCCCGGCAAUGUUUCGUCACAGUAGGCGCCACCGCCGGCUUCCGCCCAUUGCUUUCCGAAGUCAUCAAGCCCGAGUUCCUCGACUGCCUGGCCACCAACGACUUCGACCUUCUCAAAGUCCAAUGCGGCGAGGAUUUGGAGUGGUUUGAUGCGCAGGUCAAAGCCUUACCUUUUAGCUCCGCCGUCAGGAUAGAAAGUUUUGCUUUUACAGAUGACAUGACGCAGCAUUAUGUCAGGUCACGGGGCGAAAGGGAUGUGAGACUGCCGGGUGUGGUGGUUGCUCAUGCUGGUUCUGGCACAAUCCUGGAAGUCCUCCGACUUCAGACACCAUUGGUAGUGGUGCCGAACCCAACUCUAAUGGACAACCAUCAAGCCGAGCUUGCCGAAGAGUUGGAGUCUACGGGCGACGCUGUAUACGGCAGGCUAGGGAAAUUAACCGAAGCCAUCACACGCUCGCUAAAACUUGUCGCACAAGACGAGCUGCGCAAGCAGCAGCAUUUGCGAGACCUCCAGAGUGUUGAGGAGAGCUUUCAGCGAGAGCAAGAGCGAGAGCGAGAGCGAGAGUCGGAGUUGAAACAAGAACAAGCCAAUGCCAAGGUUCUGUCUGGAAUAGAGACAGUUCAGCAGGAUGGUCGCCGCCAGCGAGACCUUGACUUGGACUAG